AGCGAAGGGGCGGGCAUGGCCGCCGGCUGAGGAGGCAGGGGAAAGGCUCCGCCGAGCAGCAGCGCGGAGGGCCGGCCGCAACAGCAGAGAGAGAAGAAAACACGCCUAGGUUUUGCUAACGUGCUGCCAUCCCUGCCCUCGUGCCUUCGUUUAUAGAAUUAACAAAUGGAAAGAGCUGUUCUAAGAAAACCGAUGCCAACUCCAAGGGAAAAGCAGCAGUUGGGAGCUGCGUAGUGCUGUCGCACCACAUGGAUGGAGUUUUGUGCAGGAGUGCACAAAAAGCCCCAACCAACGGCCACAGCUUGUUUAGGUGGGAUCGGCACAGCUGCUCGGUUUUAGCAACCGAACAAAGGAUGCGUUGGUUCGCUGCCUCUCUGCUUUUGGGAUAUUCCCACAGUCUCACUUCCAUAUGGAUUCUAUGAGCGUAACAAACCGGGGGACCAUAAUGUAACGCAUCCCACGUGUCGGACAAUUUCUAUCCUGUGUGAUUAUCUAUUUUCUCCAAGAUAUAAAGGAGCUCUGCAAUAUCCACCCCUCUGCCCAGCCUGGCAGAAAGACUGCCGUGCUUCCCACAGGGAAGAAACCCCAUCAACCUUACUGCAAAACUCAUCAUUAGGAAAGUAGCUAGAAAAGUAACGUAGGUUUACGCUGAUCUUUUAACCCCCAAAAGAAUAUAACUUGAAGAAUAUUAGCUAUUUCUUAACAAUGUAAUCAUUUGAAGCUUUUUACCCUCAUUUAAGGAACUUGGAGAAUUAAAGUGUAGCUGUGGUAUUUGAUACGAUACAGGACAACUCAUUGGAAGAGGUGCCCCAGAAAUGAACAUCUACACACAUCUUUGUUCUUUCCAGAUAUGAAGCGCUGUGCCCCGUGAUACUCACUGUGCUGCUUCUCACCGUUGGAGGAUGGCUGCUCUACUCUGUGAGAACUGCACUAGUCGGUACCACCAGCCCCAGCUCAGCCGGCCCCUGGAGAUCAGCUGCAUGCUGCUUCUGAUCAUGCUUGGAAAAGUGGGCCUGGAUUUCUUCAUGCUGCAAGUUAAGCACAAGAAAGUGAAAGUUAGUUUUAUGGGAUAUUUUUGUGUCUCCCUGGCACUUCUUGAUUUCAUACUGCUGCUGAAUAUAGCUGUCAUCCUCUAUCUGGAGGACUUUGCGCUGUGGGGUGUCAGAUUUACUAAGUACCACAUCUGCCUGUUUACUCAGAUCAUUUCUCUUACUUACGGUACUUUGCAUUACCCGGUGUAUCUCGUGGCAGGCCUGGAUUAUUACAUGACUGUAGCCCAAACCUCUCAAUUCCCCUGCAGAGGUCGAAGAUUAUUUUACAUUUGUGUUGUGGCUUUUAUAUGGAUCUCAGGGUUUUUUUGUAUUCUGAAAGUUCCUGCUAUCUAUGAAGAACUAGAAAUUCGGAACCAUUUCUCUCCUUAUCAGUGUCCUGUCUAUGUCAGCAUGCAGAGCUACUCAGUCUCAGUUGCCAUGCUGGUUCUCCUAGGCAUGGCUCUCAUGGUUUGCUGGAAGGAAGUGAUCACCAUGCUGCUGGCUGUGAGGGUAGCCUCCUUUGCCGGCCAGCACGUCCUGAUGUUCUCCUUUGUGCCCAACAACAACAGCACUUGUUUCAAGCAGCAGCUUCUGACCAGACUCCUCAUCUGUUUUCUUGGCACUUGGGCACCUUUUGUUCUUCUCCAGUUUAUCAUCUUGUUUCUUGGUGCUUGGAUUCCAGCCUACAUGGAAAUGAACGUCCCUUGGCUGUACUUCAUCAACAGCUUUCUUAUUGGAGUAGCAUACUGGUGUCGAUGUCACGACGUUGAAUUGACAGAGGAGAUGUGGUCUACAGAUCCAUUUGUCAGCUGGAAAUUCUGCUUUAUGCCAUUUAACAAUGAAAACACAGAGCCAGCUGAAAAGCCAGGCACAGUAAUUGUGAUCUGUUAACGAGCUGCUGACUGAAAAGACUGCUAGGGCUAUGUGUACUUUGAUGUUCUGUGACCAAGCCCUUACAGAUGAUACAAGGAAGCAUCUCCAGAUCUACAAUCCAUGGGAAGAUAAUCUAACAUUCAUGAGUACAGUAAGGAACAGUGCACCAGAAUGCGGGAUGCUGCACACUUCUACACUGGCCUUUAUUUCCAUUUCAGAGUAUUUAAGAGAAGACCACUAUUUACAUAAAAUAAGCUCUUGGUUUAA